GGCAGCAGAGCUCUGGGGCUGCCCCGCAGCGCGUCCGCACAGUGCUCGGGCCUGACACGUGUCUCCAUCGUAACUCAGGGGCCUCCUCCCUCCUGCCCACAGUCUCCUUACCAGCAGCUGGGCCAGCGCAUGCAGGGCCUCACUGGUGACAAGGGGGUGUUGAAGGAGGUGAUCCGAGCUGGCACGGGAGAAAUGGUGCCCCAGGAUGCGUCUGUAGUAGUGAAAUAUUCUGGGUACUUGGAAUACAUGGAUAAGCCCUUUGACACAAACAGCUAUAGGAGGAAUCCCAGGCUGCUGAAACUUGGAGAAGACAUUACACUGCUGGGCAUGGAGGUGGGCCUGCUGACCAUGAAGAAGGGAGAGCUGGCAAGGUUUCUCUUCAUGCCAAGUUAUGCCUAUGGAGCAUUGGGUUGUCCUCCUCUGAUUCCCCCUAAUGCCACCGUCUUGUUUGAGAUAGAGCUGCUGGACUUUCUAGACUCGUCUGAAUCUGACAGAUUCUUUGCUUUGACUACUGAGCAGCAGGGUACAUUCCCACUUCAGAAGGUGUUGAAGGUGGCAAACACAGAGAGGGAAUUUGGCAAUUACCUCUUCCGCCAGAAGCGCUUCAUGGAUGCCAAAGAUAGAUACAAGCGGGCUUCCUUGAUCCUGUGUCGCAGGGCUUCCUGUGGGGAUGAGCAAUGCCAGAUUGACGCUGCCAAACUGCUGGUGUUUCUCAAUCUAUCGUUUACUUACCUGAAGCUGGAGCGUCCUGUCCGAUCUCUGACAUACGGCGAAAAGGCACUGGAGAUUGACAAGAGAAAUGCCAAAGCACUAUUCAGGUGUGGCCAGGCUUGUCUCUCUCUGACAGAGUACGAAAAAGCUCGGGAUUUCCUUGUCAGAGCUCAAAAGGAACAGCCCUUUAACCAUGAUAUUAACAAUGAGCUGAAAAAGUUGGCCAGCUGUUACAGGGACUAUAUGGAUAAAGAGAAGGAAAUGUGCUGCCGAAUGUUUGCUCCUGUUAGCUCUUCUCCUGUGGGACCAGAACUAAAGGAUCCUCUGCAGAUGAAAGGAAUGGUUCCAUAACAGGAAGGAAGCCGACCUCUAUCCCAUGUGCUUUGGGAAGAAAGUUGAAGGACCGUUGUUUCAUUUGGAGAGCUCAGAAUUGAGGAGCCUGCAAGCCUGUUCUCAGUUAUAUACAUGCAGCCUAUUUUUCCAGAUGUUCAUUCCUGUUUGUGAAAGCCUAAGGAUCAAUGUUUGAAAAUGAGAUUAAGCUCUGCUGUAGAAAAGGAGAGAUUGCCCUGGGCUUCAAUCUCUCUAAUUAAGGGAGUCUUUGAUUAGUCACAGAAACAGUUACUUUAUUUUGAAGCAAAUUUUUCCUCUGUCUUCUCCUUCCUCUUCCUAGUUUUGGGCUGCUCCGAGGAAAUAUGUAAAUCAAAGUCGGAUGCCAUAGAAUUUGUAUUUACAGAUAGUUCUUAGAAACAUUGUUUAAAAUCGUGUUUAGUUUUGAAGAUAUAAACAAAUCUGUGGGAAAUA